AUGCAACUACUGCAUGAUCUCAUUUUGAUCAUUGUCAUCUCCUUUGCAUUCGGAUGGCUCUUUUCUGCAAUCGGUUUGCCUGCAUUUUUUGGCUAUAUCUUGGCUGGAAUAAUCUCUGGGCCAUCCGGGUACAAUCUCAUCAAGGAGCUCAUCCAGACAGAAACAUUAGCCCAGCUGGGCGUUGUUCUAAUUCUUUUUGUUCUUGGUCUCGAGUUCUCUCUUGACAAGAUCAAAGCCAUGUGGAGGCUUACAUUGAGUGGGGCUGUCUGUAUUCUUUUUGUCACCGUCAUUUUUUUUGUUGGUUUAGGUGUUGUUUUGGGCACGACUCUCAAGGAAGCUGUAUUUAUGGGUGCCUGUGUGAGUCUGAGUUCAACUGCUGUGGUCGUGAGAUGCAUUCGUCUGGAUCAACUUGAACAUCUCUACGGACUGUUGGUAAUGCAGGAUGUACUUCUUGGGUUUAUGUUGGCUAUUCUGCCUGCACUGGCUAAGUCCGGAAUACAGAUUGCGAUUGCGAUUUUCAAGACUUUUGUGUCGUUUGCUGUGUUCGGUCUGGUUUGUUUUGCAGUUGUGCGGUUAUUGCCAGCAUUACCAACCACAUUCCGUGCCUUAUUUCCAAAGCGACAGAUACCUCACAGCCAUGAGCUGACCAUGCUAGGCGUCAUCACCCUCUGCAUGAUUAUGCUCCUCAUUUCAGAACACCUCGGUCUGGGUAUAGAAAUCGGCUGUUUUGCAGCAGGCGUGAUUAUCAGAACCCGCAAACAUCUUUUUGAGGCGUCGAUUGGCUUGGUAGAACCGAUCCGGGAUUUCUUUGCCUGUCUUUUCUUUGCCUCAAUUGGCCUACACAUCUAUCCUAGCUUCCUGGCCUCCGAGGCUGUCUUGCUGCUGACUCUUGCGGCGGCUGUGAUUGGAUUCAAGUACAUCGUGACAUCCGUGAUUCUGUUCCUAUUCAAGUUUGACAUCCACAAGUCAUCAACGAUGGCCCUUGCGCUGGCGCAAAUAUCUGAAUUCGGCUUUGUGUUGGCGUCGCGUGCCAAACAGCUGAACAUCAUCACUCGGGAGGCUUACUAUCUUCUCCUGGGUGUGACCGCAAUCUCACUAAUGGCAACACCUCUAUUGUGGAAACUGACAAAUAAGACUCCACUAAAUAGCACCGUACAUGCCUUCCACCGAGAACCAGAAGAGUACGCCCCAGUAAUUGUUUCGUUUGAGGAACCUGACAAAUUGGCCUAAAAAUUCUAUAGAUUUUCGUUACAUUGCAUUGCAUUUCUUUUUCUUUUUGUCUGUUUUUGUUUUGUUUUCUUGAAUAUAUAUAUAUAUAUAAGUAUAUAUUAUAUAUUGAUACUAUCACCACCACAAUCACUACUACUGCUAAUAGAAAUAUAUUUAUGCUUAUUUUUAGCUUUAUCUUUAACUUUAGUUUUUGUAUUUAUUUAUUUAUUCUGUAAACUAAUAGAUUAUCAGGUAGAAUAAAUAAGUAAAUAGAAGUGGGAGUAAUGACAAGCAAGUAAUUUACCAUCAAAGACGCGUGAGACAAGCGUGGGCGCAAUUUCCUUUUUUUUUAAAAA